AUGCUGUUGAGCUCGAAGGCUGUUGCGGUGCGCGCCGUGAUCCGCAAGUCUCAACGUGCCUUUAGUGUACCACCCAAGACUACAAUAGCAAUUAAGACGGCGCAACCUACGCUGAACGUUAAACCGCCCAAUACUAAUAAGCCGCCCAAUUCUUCGGUUGAUACGGCUAUCACGAACUCGAGUACCGGCUCGUCGCUGUCUAAAGUGCUUCUUCUCGGUCUUCUAAGUACACCAGCGGCAACAGCGGUGUAUAUCAAACAGAACCCAGAGUGGAACCCAGCUACGCUUAAGGAUGAUGUGCGCUGGAUCAAGUUUCGUGAACUAGUGCUGGGGAACGAAGCCACCGACACAACCUUGGCGCCCAUGAAGCGCACCCCCGAGGACUUCAGCAGCGCAAUUAACAAUGCUCAUAACGAGAUGAAAGCGGAGAAUGAGGAAAAGGUCGAGAGUAAAGCUGACAAGCUGGAUAAAAAGCUUGAGAAAGCCGCGAAGAAGGCGGUCAAAGCUGAGAAAAAAGUUGCUAAGCUGAAGAAUGAGCUGGAAUUCAAAAAGGUGGAAAGUGAAGUGCACAAAGACGAAGGCUUCGUCGAAAAGCGCGAUACAAAAGCAGCAGCUGUAGAUGCUGGUGCUGCCUCUGCAUUAGAUAAGAAACAAGAUGAUGCCAUGGCUAAGGCGCGUGAUGAGAUCGCGAAGCUGGCAGGCGAGGCUAGUCCGGAUCAACUUUUCCAUCAACUGGAUAAUCAGAUUCAAGCUACUACGAAUGGAUUGCUCAGCGCACUGAAGGAAGAAUCGGAGGCGGCAGCAGCAGAGAUGGACAAGCAUUACAUGUCUGGUCUUGAUGAGCUCGAUGCAAAAUCGUUGGCGAUUCGCGUGGCUCAAUUAGCUACGGAAAUGAAACAUCGUUCAAAAUGGGAGGCUGUACGACUUCUGGAAUCGCUCCGACAUAUGGAAGAGAACGUCCAAAAGAAAAGCACAGAAAUGUUACGUCGCCAGAGUGAACUGCACAAGGAGCUGCUUGCCCGUGAGCUUCGUCUGCAGCGUGAAUUGCUCUCCCGCCAAAUGCGCGAGGAAAUAGACGCUUUAAAAAAACAGUAUUCCGACGAUUUGGCGCGCAGUGUGAGCCAGCAGCGUAUGAGCUUGCUUUCGGAGCUGCAGCGUACAUUUGAUCGCGAGCGCAAGGCAAUUCAGGAGCGCUACAAUCAGCAGUUAGAGGAGGCGACGCAAAACAUGCAGAAGUCGUUUACCGACGAGCGUGCAAAGCGUGUACAGGAGCUGAAGGAGUACCGUGCCGAGCUAUGCGCACUAGGAGAAGCCCUAGACAGCUCAUCGACAUACGAGGCCUUCAGCCACCGUGUUCACAAGGCUUCCAUGGCGGCGCUGGCUUUAUCGGAUCGCGUGGAAGCUGCAGCUCCGUUGCGAAGCGGGAUCCGUGCUUUGCGUGAGGCGGCAAGGAACGACCCUUUCAUCGACGCGGCCAUCAAGUCGCUGCCGCAGGAAGCAAUUGAGCAGGGUGCGCCAUCUGUGGGCCAGCUUCAGGAGCGCUUCAAAGUCGUCAAAAGUGUCGGCCACCGAACUGCUCUGGUUCCUGAAAACAGCGGUCUGAUAGGUCAGGCUUUCGGCACUGCGCUGUCCUUGCUAAUGAUCCCUCCUGGAGGCCCCAUCGAAGGCACUGACACGGAUGCUGUGCUAUCCCGCGCCGAGUUUGCUCUUAAGUCGGGCGAUAUCGAAAAGGCUGUCGAGGAGAUGAAGGCUCUUUCCGGCCUUCCCGCGCAGGUUUCGCACGACUGGAUCUCUGCUGCACAAUCUCGUUUAGCUGUUGAGCAGACGGCUAAGGUGAUCAAGGCGCACGUGGCGCUGCUGGCGGCGAGUUGCUCGUAA